AUGAUUAUUAAAAUGGGUAAUAUUGAAGUAUUCUUCCCAAAGAAUAAAAUAUACCCAGAACAGAUGCAAUAUAUAAAAGAACUGCACGAGGUGGUGCAGGCAAAGGGGCAAUGCCUAAUAGAAAUGCCAACAGGCACAGGGAAAACCAUUGUUCUACUGAGCUUUCUAGUGAGCUACCAGAUACAUCUUAUGACGAAAGAAGAGGGGUAUGAAAGAAUUCAGAAAAAUGGGUUUAAAAGAAAAGAAGGAAUUUUUAAAAUAGUAUACUGCACAAGAACCACAGCAGAAAUAGAAAAAGUCCUUGAGGAGCUAAAAGAGCUAUAUGAGUACAUUAAAACAUACAUACCAGACAUAGAGUACACUGGCCUAGGACUGGCUGCAAGAAGAACGCUCUGCUUAAAUCCAGAUAUCAAUGCAGUUUCUAGUCUUGUUAAUAGAAGGUGCAGGCAGGAAAAAGAAGAAUGCAGUUUUUACAAGGAAUAUUUAAAAACUGCUGAAGGUAUGCCGAGCGGGGUAUAUACACUAGACGAUCUAAAAGAAAUAGGCAACAAAAAGGGGACUUGCGCAUACUACACUGCGAGAUCAUCAAUAUUUUUAGCAGACUGUAUAGUAUACACAUAUAACUAUAUGAUAGACCCACGAAUAAACGAUUUGGUUAGCAGCGGAUUGGGGAGCAACUGUGUAGUUGUUUUUGAUGAAGCACAUAAUAUAGACAGUGUUUGUGUAGAAGUGUUAACAGUUCAUAUAAACAGAGCGUGCUUAGAUAAAGCAUGGAAAAGCCUGUCCGAUAUUUCAGAGUAUUCGGUAAGCAAGAGCUUAAGCUUAAAUAACAGAAAUAAAGAAAAGACCGCAUAUAACAAGGGAAAGGGCAUCAGAAGUGACUUUUCAUCUCUUCUUGAAGGGCAUAAAUCAAGCAGAAAAUUUACUUCUCUAGUACCAGGAACCCUCCGAAGCAUAAAUGGAUUUAUAUCUGCUGCAAAGAGAAUAAUUGAAUUCUUUAAAACAAAGCUGAAAAAUGUAAAUUUAACAACAGAAACCACAGAUGUUUUUAUUAAAAAUCUGGAAAAUACAGUAUAUGUUGACUUUUCGUCUAUAGUUCAUCUUUCUCGGAGGCUCCGGGAAAUAAUGGGCGAGCUGGAAAUGCACGGAUUUAUUGAAGACUACUCUGAACUAUCUAGAGUUUGUGACUUCUGCUCAUUGUGUGGGCAGUUUAAAAAGGGGUUUUCUGUUGUUUUUGAGCCAUUCAAUUCCUAUUCAGUUUAUGAGCCCGUGCUGCAUCUCUCAUGCUUAGACUCAUCAAUUGCUAUGAAGCAUGUUUUUUCUGGGUACAAUAAUGUAAUUAUUACAAGUGGAACGCUUAGUCCCAUUUCAAUAUAUCCAAGGCUAUUGGACUUUACACCAAUAAAGUCAGUGGAAAUAGAUGUUUCCUCUAAGAGGGGUCUACAUGCGUUAAUUGUUACAAAGGGAAGUGAUCAAAUGACGCUGGCCAUGGAUGGGUCGAAUGCUCUGUCAAGCACAUUUUCACUCCGGGCGGAGCCUGCUGUUGUCCGUAACUAUGGAAACCUUCUCCUUGAAAUGUCUAUGUCAGUGCCGGACGGGCUGGUAUGUUUUUUUCCAUCAUACAAGUACAUGGAGGAAGCUGUGGCUGCUUGGACGGAAAGUGGUAUUAUAAAAAAGAUAAUGGAGUGCAAACUAAUUUUUGUCGAGUCAUUUGAGCACGCGGAGACUGAAAGAGCACUUGAUGGCUACAAAAGAGCUUGCGAAACUGGAAGAGGCGGGCUUAUGCUUAGCGUAGCAAGAGGAAAGGUCUCAGAGGGGGUAGACUUUUCUGGCUGCUAUGGGCGGGCAGUUUUGGUAUUUGGUGUUCCAUUUCAGUAUACAGAGAGUCCUAGACUUAAAAAAAGGCUAGAGUUCUUGGCAGAGGAGUUUGGAAUACGAGAGUCAGAAUUUCUUUCCUUUGAUGCAAUGAGGCAGACUGCGCAGUGCGUAGGAAGGGUUUUAAGAACAAGCACUGAUUAUGGUUUGGCAGUGCUAGCAGACAGACGAUUUAAUGUGCCCGAAAAAAAAACACAACUGCCCAGAUGGAUACAGCGGCAUUUAGAAGAAACAAGUGUAAAUUUAAGUAUUGACAUGUCAAUAACCCAAGCAAGGCAGUUUUUUAGGCGAGCGCCCAGUGCCAAAUAUUAUAAUUAGAUAUAUCUAGAUAUAGAGAUGAAUCCCCUAGUAUUUUACCAAUAAAAAUCAAAAAUAGUACUCCAA